CCAAGAGGAUGGGCCCAUCCAGCCUGGUGGCGAACAGCAUCCUUGCUGUCUUCUCUGCAAUGCAGCUUGGUCUGAUCUCUGCUAUGGCUGAGGAAGGGACAACUGUGUUUGGUGUUAUUGGGGAACAGAUGAUCCUGCCCUGCACUGACCAAGCCCAAAAGGAUGACGUGACUUGGAAGUACAAUGACCAAGUUGUGAUCCAGCAUCGGGGACGAGUCUUGAAAGGCAGAGCUCCGAUGGCCAGUCGAUCUGAAAUAAAUAUGCAUGAGAUGUCCAAGGGGAACUUCUCCCUGAAACUGUUGAAGCUGGAGAAAUCUGAUAACGGCACGUACAGCUGCACAGUCGGUGCCACAAAAGUCAAGAUCAAGCUGCAGGUGUUUGAAGCUACAAGAUCUUCAAGUGAAUCUCUCCUGCAGGGUGGAAAUCUCAUACUGCGCAUAAACGAGGUCCCAGGUACCACUGUCACCUGGUCUGACAACCACCGGGGCUCAGUGACAGCCACUGGGAGAAGAGAACUGAAGAACAGUGGACACCAUCUGGAGAUAAAGAACCUCCAGAUUGAGGACAGUGGAACCUGGAGGUGCCACAUCAAAUCUCCAUCUGCUUCGCUGACCAUACCCUAUGAAGUGAAGGUGAUAGGUUUUCAUAAUUUGAACCAGGAGACGGUCUACACGGCUGUUAAUUCCAGUGCCAACUUCUCCUACCAAAUGAACAAUAUCCUGCAGGAGAUGACAAAGCUGAAGAACAUCCGGGGAGCCUUGAUGUGGAAAUCAGAAGGAGAGAGCGAGUACAGGGAGAAGUUUAACUUUAACUUCUCGUCUGGUAGUCUGCGCUUGCCUAAGCAAAUGGCCAACCUGCAGUUUACAGCGAACCUGCAAGUGAAGAUGCCCAAAGUCCAGUUCCAGGAUGCGGGAUGGUAUCGGUGCCAGCUCACUCUCAAGCAGGGGAGUGUGAAGAAGGACAUACACCUGGUGGUCAUGAAAGUCUCUGCUGAGCCUGUCGGGCCGCUCUCCGAAGGGGUGAAUGUGACGCUACUCUGCAAACUCUCAGUUGCUGUCCCAGCCAUGGCCCAGCUCCUUUGGGAGCAUGUGAAUGGGACUGAAAAGGCAUGUCAGGGGCCAGGAGACACUGAGGUGAAGGUGAAGACCAGGAGUGUGGGGCUCUGGAGGUGCAGCCUCAGCAUGAACAACAGCAAGAUGAUCAGCACUGAAUACACUGUGGUAGAGGCAGAUGAACAGAACUACGUGCCAAUCUGGGCAGGAGUUGGAGUCAGCCCGGUGCUGCUUCUCCUUGCAGGCCUGAGUAUUUUCACCUGUACUGCCCGGCAGCGAAGAAGGCGGCGGGCUGAAAGGAUGGUACGAGCCAGGCGAGACUUGAUUGAAAGAAGAACAUGUCAGUGUCAAUUUCAGCUGAAGAAUGGCUAUUCCAAUGCUUGAGGCAGACGGGUGAACGAAGUCUCUGCCAGUGACAAGCCAUCUUGUAGCCCACAUCGCUUGCUUGGAUCCUACUCACCUUUCCUUCCUUCGGAGCGAUGCUUUGUUCUUUCACCCUUCUCCUAGCCUCAUUGCCAGGAAGGGAUCUUAUCAGGGUGUGGUUGGGAUAGGGUGAGCAGGACAAGCUCCCACCCCAGGCCAGGGUGAUGGCGCAGCCCCAGAUCCAUCAGGGAAUGUAUUGAAUGUAAAGUAUACAAAGAUGUAUUUUGCUCUUAUGCUUGAUUUGGCCUCCUGGAUUUUCUCUCUGAUGUUUCCUAUACUGCUCCAGAUGCAAUACAUCACUUUAGAGUUUUCAUUGCAAAAUCUGGCUUUACUUACCCCAUGCACCAAGCAUCUCCCCUUCACAUACCUCCCACUACUAGCCUCCCCAAACAUCUCCCCACAGCCCACCUCACUGGCGGCUAAGAAGCCCUCCCUGAUUCCUGCAUCCUGUGUUCCCCUUGCAUGCCCUCCCACCUUCCCCAAUCCAACUAUCCAGCCAGUAACAAGGAAUGCUGGAGACUUCCCCUCAGUCUGGUAUUUCCAUGCUUCCAAGGAUUUGGGGUGAGUCCUGAGGCAGCCUUAUUGUCCCUAAACAUAUGUUUUGUUUGUUAAUUUCCUGGGGUUUACAGAAGGUUGGUUACCAGGUGGAUUAGCUUCCUGGGGAGAGGGAUUACAUGGACGCUGCAAUGGGGAAGCUGCCCCAGUUGUGCUAACCCUUCUGAGAUGUGCCCCAAGGAGGUCUGUGUCUCUAGUCUAGAACAUGUAUGUCUCUGCAGAAGGGAUAGCGGUUGUAAUCCUGCCAAGAAAACCUGCUGCGUUUAGCAGUCACCAUAAUCGGUGGGCUGGAAAGAACCUCCUGGAGACAUCUGUGUCACCCUUCCUUCCUGAAACACCCGCCUCGCUCGGCCACUCUUUGGAACCUGGGUAUGCCCAUGAGCCACUGCAGCAGUACCUCAGGGUGUGUCUGCACUCCAGCCAUGGGGCUGCCCUUCUCGGGUCCCAGUGACGUGCACUCUUCCACCUACCACCAGCCUGUGUGUGACACCAGCCCUCAGGAUCUGUGACAAGGCCCAGAAUGAUACACCUCUUUUUCAGCCUCCUCCCACCCCCUGACUCUUUGUGUGGACCAGUGUAACAUCUGUUCUUGUCCGAGGCCUUAGUCUCACGUACAACAGCCCUCCCCCCCACAGCAGGCCCCCUUGCCCUCAACUGCCAGCACACCACAUGAAUACAGCUCUGCCAUUUGCUGGAG